CAUGAAAACAUGGAUCCUGGAUCUCACGGGCUGACUGCGGCGGGAUGAUCCGGGAGCUGCGCCUGCCAUUCCAGUGAGCCUUCUCCGGGUCUCCGCGAGAGCUCAGGCGCGUAAAUAGAAAGUGAAGACUUAGGGGGAGAGGGUAUUGCUGCCUGCACCCCCACCGGGCUGCUUGAAAUACUGUGAUGCGGACUUGUUUUGAUGCCCAGAGGCCUAAGUGUUUUUUGAUGGUGCCCUGUCCGAAGAUUCCAGCUGCUCUGAUGAUAGCCUAAGAAGACUGCAUGCUGUUCCCUGUCAGCGCCACACCAGGCCCAUUCAGAACCUUGGAUUUCAGCCCUUCAUGGAGACCAGCUCCCAGCAAGAAAUUGUCAUCCAGAUGGUCCCUCCAUGUGAAGUUGUCUCUGGCUGUGGGCUGACUAGAGGGCACCUGGUGGCCAGGCCGGCCCUUUAUCAGUCAUCCGGGUCAGGGCAGCAUGGUGCGGAUUCAGAGGAGGAAGCUGCUGGCACCUUGCCUGUGCAUGACAGCUACUGUCUUUCUGAUGGUCACACUCCAGGUACUGACUUUAACAUAGACAGCUUACCCCUGCCUCGGAAGGCGCAUCACGACUGGGCCCUUUUCCAUGAAGAGUCCCCCAAGAACAAUUAUAAGCUCUUUCACGAGCCGGUCAUCACCUUAUUCAACCACACAGCCACGUUCAGCAGGCAUUCUCACUUGCCACUGACAACUCAGUACUUGGAAAGCGUGGAAGCCCUGAAGUCACUACGCUACCUGGUUCCGCUGCAGUCUAAAAACCACCUAAGACAAAAACUAGCUCCUCUGGUGUACGUACAGUCGGACUGCGAUCCACCAUCAGACAGGGACAGCUACGUUCGCGAGCUGAUGGCUUAUAUUGAAGUUGAUUCCUAUGGUGAGUGCUUACAAAACAAAGAUCUUCCCCAGGGGCUGAGAAACCCCGCCUCCAUGGAUGCUGAUGGCUUCUACAGGAUCGUAGCCCAGUAUAAGUUCAUGCUUGCUUUUGAGAACGCGGUUUGUGAUGAUUACAUCACAGAGAAGUUCUGGAGGCCGCUGAAAUUGGGGGUCGUGCCUGUGUAUUAUGGGUCCCCCAGCAUCGCAGACUGGCUUCCAAGUAACAGAAGUGCCAUUCUUGUAUCCGAAUUUUCUCACCCCAAGGAACUGGCACGUUUCAUCAGACAACUGGACUAUGAUGACAGAUCGUAUGAGGCCUAUGUAGAGUGGAAGCUAAAGGGUGAGAUUUCUAACCAGCGCCUUCUGACAGCUCUCCGGGAACGGAAGUGGGGAGUGCAAGACGUUAACCAGGACAACUACAUCGAUACAUUUGAGUGUAUGGUGUGCCGCAGGGUGUGGGCCAACAGUAGGCUACGGGAGCAGGGCUUACCACCCAAACAAUGGAAAGCAGAAGUCAACCACCUGAGCUGCCCAGAGCCUAACUUGUUCACCUUCUCAUCUCCAGCUUCUCCGGCUCUACGUGGGAGAUCACUGAGAGAGCUGUGGCUACCCAGCUUUCAGCAGGCUAAGAAAGAAGCCCAGGCCCUGAGGUGGCUAGUGGAGAGGAAUCAAAACUUUUCAUCUGAAGAAUUUUGGGCCCUAGUAUUUAAGGACUAAUUUUAAAAGGUACUGGAAUGACAGGAUGAGGUUCAUUUUCUUGGUUGCCUUAAUAUUGGAUGAUAAUAGCUAUUCCACCGAGUAUCCCUUAGGAUACGACUUGAUUGCAGCGGUUCUCACAAAGAGCUCUGUCAAAUAAUAGCUGUGAAUUACUUUUAGGGGUCGCCUCUAUAUUUUUAUACUAAAAAAAGUAGACUUUGGACAUUGGUUGCCUUCAGCUUAUGUGCUUGGAGCCAUGUACUCGCUGUCUUCUUUGGAAACUGACCUCAGGUCAAGUGCCUUCCUUGCUGCACGUCUAGCCGUG